GACAUGUGUAAGCCCCAUGAUCCCGAAGUAUAACGUGCCAUCGCGCAUGAGCGUUCCGCGUGCUAGAAACCGCCCACUCUGCACAUACUUGAACAACAUGAGGCCGAAGAUAGUGCUGUCAAAUGCGAGCAAGCAAGACCAGGUGAUUGCUAGAUCUGUAGAUCUGGAAAGGUAUCGGCUUCGGCUUCUUCGUCCGUUGAAUAUAGUAGACAGCUUACUGAUGCUUUGUCAAUAGGUUAACGCAUCCUACCACCGCACUUGGCGUAGGUAUAUCGUCAGAGGUGGAAUUGCGAUUGCCAAGAACCGCCCACUGGCAUUCGUGAGAUUGGUUACUUACAACCCACUUUAUCGCACGAGGAGAUACACCGCGAUUAUGUACUCACGGACGCAAGGCCCACCAGGCAAAAUCCGUAGACGAGAAGGGCACCUAGUAUCGUUCGGCUGCGGUUGUAGAUCGCGUAUGUGCGCAUAACUCCCAACUAUGAAUUGAAUGACAAUGGCCAUGACUUGAUGAUACUCCUGCAGGAUGUUACAUUCCGCCUAGAGCGCACGAGCAGCGUC